UAAAUCCCCAGCCCCACACUUUCUAAUUUUAUUGUACUGUAUCUCUCAGCUGCAUUUGAUAUUUUUAAUCCCCUCUGCCAUUGUAUUGGUGACUUCUGUGACACUGUACUGUGGUUCUUCUACUUUGCUGUUUUCUCUUCUUGGAAGAUUUCUCUUCCUCUACUUGCCCCAUUAUUAUCAGGGUAUGAACAGAAAAUGAUCAUUCACUCGAAUUUGGAUAAUUUGAUGAAAGUAUGGGUAGGAGAUUAAGGAACCUGGAGCUGACAGCAAUCGAGUGAUCACCAACCCUGGCCGAAGAAACAGAGGUAGUAGAGGUUACCGGAAUACAGCACAAUAAUUGGGCAGGGUAAACUACGUAAGAGUAAUGACUUUCAGUUGAAGGUUACCAGUUACCCAAGGCAACCUCACUGAAAGGAACCAGGAAAAAUACCCCGAUUGCCCUCCCCUUCCUACUUCCAGUCUCCUUAUGGGGCUUCUCAUUGAUGGAACACAUGUGGAAGCUAGAGGGCCUGUUGAUGAUAUAUGCCAUACAAGUGGCCUUUGGGGGGAGAAAGCAGGGUGGAGAAAGGUGGGAAGGGGUAAGAUGGAAGAUAACUGUAAUACUCUUGAUGGAUAGGUUAGACCCCUAGAUUUCUAGCUCCAGUCUGACAGUUCUCAUACUGUACUCAUGCUGAGUACUCUCAAGUCUGUAUCUCCAAUUCUGCUAUAAACUUUAGAUCAAUACAUUUUGAAUGGUUGCUUGAUACUUCUUUUUUGUCUUUUUCCUUUUUAUCGGUACCGGGGAUCGAACUCACGACUGCCUGCUUGCAAGGCAGGUGCUUAUGCCGCUGAGCUAAAUCCCCAGCCCAGUUGCUUGAUACUUCUAAAUGGCUAUUUUGAGAUAUGUCUUGACCAAAAUAGAGCUCUUUAUUCUCUUUCUUCCUAAACUAGCUCUUCUUCCAGCAUUCCAAAUCUUGGUGGUACUAUCAUUAACUUAACAUCUCUCGAAUUAAGGGAGAUCUGGGUACCAUCUUUGACUCUUCCCUUUUCCUUAUACUUUAUAUUCAGUCUCACACCAGCUCUUGCAGAUUUUGACUCUUAAAUAUUCCUCUGUGUUAUUUUCUUUUUUUAAUUUCUAUUUAUUUAUUGUUUUUGGUUUUGGUUUUUGCUUUUUUGGUACUGGGGAUUGAACUCACAACCUUGUGCUUGCCAGGUGCUUGUCCUGCUGAGCUAAAUCCCUCCUUGUGUUUUCUUUUUUAAAAAGAAUAAAACCAAACAAAAUAAAGCUGAAUAAAGCCAAUCAAAGGAAAACAGUGAAAGUGAUACUGGAUUUCAAAACAAGGUAAUAGGAAAUCAACAAUGGCUACCACAGUGCCUCUUGUUAUCUUCAAAAUAGCUGCCCAUACCAUCAGGCAUAAUAAAACAAACAAAACAGAACAGAAUAAAACCAAUCAAAUCAACACAAUGAAAAUGAUACAGGAGUUCAAAACAAUAUAAUAGGAAAUCCGCAAAGGCUGCCAUAAUAUAUCUUGUUCUAUCAUAAUAUAUCAUGUUAUCUUUGAGAUAGCUGCCUAUGCCAUCAGAUGAAAUAAAAUCAAACAAAACAAUGAAAAUGAUACAGGACUUUAAAGCAAGAUAAUGAGGAAUUAACAAUGGCUACCACCUUCAGAAGGAAAUCCCACAUAGUUGCUAUACUGCAUGUUGUUAUUCUCCAAAUAGAUGCUCAGAUCACCGCCUUAUGCCUGAAAAAUCAGUCAAAUACUGAACACUAUAAACACUAGGUUGGUUUUUUUCCUACCUCAGUAGCUAUCAUCCCAGCCUGUGUUUUCCAGAUCAGCCAGUUGCUUUGGGGCUUGCUGGUGAUGUUCUGCUCUUGUGCCUACCCUGCAUGCUGGCCAGCUCACAAGAAGGGGUUGGCUUCUUGUUUUUCCCCCCCAUGGCCCAUGACUGUGGCUGACUCCUGUAUUAUUUUUUUUCAUCCUCUCUACUACCAUUCCUCCUUGUUAGACGUUAUUGUCUCUUAUCUUGAUGGCUGUAUCAGCCUUUUAUUUGAUUUCUGUAUAUUAUGGCCUAUAGAUUUCUAGUUCAGUUACUAAGGGUCCAUUAGUUUGCCUCUACCUGAAAUGCUAAUCUGACCAGAGAUUGUCAUUUCUCGGCUGAAACCAUUCUAUGAUUCUACAUUGUCUGAAGAAUGAAAUUCAUAUCUUCUUACCCAUCCCCACUCCAUGAGUAUUAUCUUUCAUAGUUAACACUUUUACUAAUGGGAGGAUUAUAUUCCUCAAAUUUGUGGUGCACAAAUGCACUGUGCAAUACAAAGGGUCACUUUAAUAUUAGCUCAGGGUUGCUUAGAACCUGAGCAAAAGUCAGGCUUAUUCCCCCAUCAUUAGUGUGGGAGACUUGACUAAGGGAUGAAUGGUUAAACUGUGGAGCAAAAGCACGCAGGCUCUGUGAGAAGUGAAAGGUUAAGCAAUAAGUUUAGAUUAGUGAUUGUUGUCCCAUCCCUUUCCCCAAGAAAACUGCCUAGCUUUGAGACAAAUCCUUGCCCAAACUGCUUUGUUCUCUUACACUGACUUUUUUAAAAAAUAUUUUUGAGACAGGGUCAUGCUAUAUAGUUCAUACUGGCCUUUAGCUCACUUUGUAGCCCAGGAUGGUCUUGAACUUGUAGUGGUCCUUCUAUCUCAGUCUCCCAAAUGCUGGGAUUACAGGUGUGUACCACCAUGCCUGGCUUACUCUGAUAGUUUAUUUUAUUUUAUAUUAUAUUAUUUCAUUUCAUUUCAUUGGUACUGGGAAUCGAACUCAGGACCUCACACUUGCCAGGCAGGCACUAUGCUGCUGAAGCUGUAUUCCUGGCUACACCAAUAUUUUAUGUAAAAAUCUGAGUGCUUUGUGUUGCUCCUAGCAGUCUCCCCAACUCCUGGUACUUUUGGUUGAAACCUCUCUGACCCUCUUGGUAACUGAACUAAGUCUUGUCUCUAAAUAAUCUUUUAUUCUCUAUACUGCCAUAGCUACACACUGUGACAGUUGUAACUUGGCUUCGGUAACAGGGUUAGCUAAAUUCCCAGGACAAUUGUGUUAUUUAGGAAUAGGUUUGGCUUUAUAUAAUAAUAAUUUUUUAAAACUCAUAGUGAUUUAAACAAAAGCUUUCUCUCCCUCCUCCUUUCUCUCUCUCUCUCUCUCUCUCUCUCUCUCUCUCUCUCUCUCUCUCUUUCUCUCUUUCCUUUCCAGGAAAGAUUCCAGGACUGAUAUGGCAACUCUGGAGUCAUCAGGGCCCUGAUGCUAGAUCUUUUGACAUGCUGGUAUACUCAUGGUCUAAGAUGAUACUCCAACUAACACAUCAUGCUCCAGGAACAGCAGGGGAUAAGAAACUAAAGAACUAGGGGAUUUAGCUUAACGGCAUAAGUGCCUGCCUUGCAAGCAGGCAGUCGUGAGUUCGAUCCCCGGUACCGAUAAAAACGAAAAAGACAAAAAAAAAAAAAAAAAAGAAAGUAAAGAACUAUUUCUCUUCAGGAUAUUUCUCUCUAAGGAUAUGUCCUGGGUGCUUUCAUUUGCAUUUCACUAUCCAUUGGCCAGAAUUUGGCCAUAUGACCAAACCCAACUCAAAGAAAGGUGACAAAUGUAUUUCAUGAGCUAGACUUACUGUUUCUCUAAAUAAAUUAUUAUUUUGUUGUAAAGAGAUAGGGAAGCAUUAGCUAUUGGUGUUGGCAACUAUAAUUUUCUAUAGCUCUUAGAAAGUUUUAGAAAAUUUACUCUUUAAGAGCUAUAAAAGAGCUGGAUAUGGUAGCACACACCUGUAAUCCCAUCACUCUUGGAGGCUGAGAUAGGAGGAUCAUCCAAGUCCCAUCUUAGCCCGGGAAGUUUAGCAAAUUAGUGAGAUUCUGUCAAACAAACAAACAAACAAACAGGUUGGGGAUGUAGCUAAGUGCAGAGGCCCUGAGUUAAAUCCCCAGUACAGCAAAACAAAACAAAGUAUAAAAUUAUUUUUAAAAUUCUAUAAAAGGGCCAAUUACAAAAUUAAUAUGUAAGGAUCAACAGCACUGCUAUGUAUAAAAAUAACCAGUUAGAAAAUAUAAGAAAUACUGGCUAAAGGUUUCUACCAGGUGGACAUAAAAACAAAAUCAGGCUAAAUUUGGAAAAUUUGUAAAAUUACAUUGAACUUUAUUUGGGAAAAUAUGAGAAUAAACAAAUAUAUGAAAAAGAACAUUGAUGACAGAUACCUUUCUCUAAUAGAUAUUAAAAGUUUUAAUAAAGCUUCAGCAGGUUGAAUAGUUUAAUAUUAGAGGAAUUAGAUAAACAGAGCUGAAUGGAAUCUAGAAAUACUAUAUUUAGACUAUGGUAUGGGUGAUGUGUUAAGUCAGUAGGUAAAAGAAUUAUUUAGUAAUGGUACUGAUACAGUUCACUAGCCACCUGGAAAAAUUAAAGCUAGAGUCUUUAUCCAAAUAAAAGGAACUAACCAUGUUUACUUCUGUGCUAAGUCACAUUAACAUUUUAAUGGGGGGACACACAUAUUCAUACUAUAUCCUGGUCUAUAGAGCUGAAGAGAACCAUAUAACUAGUCUAAGAAUAGUUCUUUUUGACACUCAUUUUGGUUAUUUUGUCUAUAAAUCCAAAUAUGAUUUCUAUUAACUCAUGCGUUUCAACAUUUUCCAUAUAUCCAUCUAUUAAUAUGACUGUCAUUUUCCUUGAAUGUUUUCUAUACCAAUCUUAGCUUCCAGCUGGACGUGGUGGUACACACGUAUAAUGCUAGCACUCAAGAAGCUGAGACAAGAAGAUUGCUACAAGUCAAGGCCUGCAUGGGCUACAAAAUUGUGGAGAUGGGGACUGAGAACAAGGCAUUGAUUCCCAAGGAAGAAAUUUCUGAAGAAUCUCAGCCAUGUGGACCAAAAUUAGAAAAACUUCCAAGAGUGGUUUACCAAGGCCAAGAAUUUGGAGCAUCAUGUGAACAAAACACAUUAGAAAGACAUUUGAGAGAGUCUGCAGAAGAGAUUAUGGAGCAGUCUCCUCAGGAGAUGGACUUUACACCAGGGUUGAUUAUCUUUAAGAAGUCACCCUUAAGUGAGAAAGACCAGGAAAAUAGUGAGAGUGAGAGAAGUUGCAGUCCCAGCCCAAAUCUGGUGGCAUAUCAGGGAAAUGCUGUAGCACAGAGAGUUAGUACAUUUGGUAUUGCUGGCCAAAACUUCAUAGAGAAUUUAGAACCUAACAAAACACAAAGGACAUCUGUGGGAGAAAAGCCUCAUACAUGUAAAGAAUGUGGAAAAGCCUUUAAUCAGAAUUCACAUCUCAUCCAGCAUAUGAGAGUUCACAGUGGAGAAAAACCCUUUGAAUGCAAAGAAUGUGGGAAGACAUUUGGAACUAAUUCGAGCCUUCGAAGGCAUCUAAGAAUUCAUGCUGGAGAGAAGCCCUUUGCUUGUAAUGAAUGUGGAAAGGCUUUCAUCCAGAGUUCCCAUCUUAUUCAUCAUUAUAGAAUUCAUACAGGAGAGAGACCCUAUAAAUGUGAAGAAUGUGGUAAAGCUUUCAGUCAGAAUUCAGCCCUUAUUUUACACCAGAGAAUCCACACUGGAGAGAAACCUUAUGAAUGUAAUGAAUGUGGGAAGACAUUUAGGGUUAGUUCACAGCUUAUUCAGCAUCAGAGAAUUCAUACUGAAGAAAGAUAUCAUGAGUGUAAUGAGUGUGGCAAAGCCUUCAAACAUAGCUCAGGCCUUAUUAGACACCAGAAAAUCCAUACUGGAGAAAAACCCUAUCUGUGUAAUGAAUGUGGGAAAGGCUUUGGUCAGAGUUCUGAGCUUAUCCGGCAUCAAAGAAUUCACACUGGGGACAAACCCUAUGAAUGUAAUGAGUGUGGUAAAACUUUUGGCCAGAACUCAGAGAUUAUUAGGCAUAUUAGAAUUCAUACUGGUGAAAAGCCCUAUGUGUGUAAAGAGUGUGGAAAGGCCUUUAGGGGAAAUUCAGAACUUCUUAGACAUGAGAGAAUUCACACUGGAGAGAAACCUUAUGAAUGUUUUGAAUGUGGGAAGGCUUUCAGACGGACUUCUCACCUUAUUGUCCACCAGAGAAUCCAUACUGGAGAGAAACCUCAUCAAUGUAAUGAGUGUGCAAGAACCUUUUGGGAUAACUCUGAGUUGCUUCUUCACCAGAAAAUUCAUAUUGGAGAGAAACCCUAUGAAUGUAAUAUGUGUGACAAAACAUUCAGCCAGCACUCCCAACUUAUCAUACAUCAGAGAAUUCACACUGGAGAAAAGCCUUAUGAAUGCCAAGAGUGUCAGAAGACCUUUAGUCGGAGCUCUCACCUCCUCCGACAUCAGAGUGUUCACUGUAUGGAAUGAUCUGCAAAACAGGAAAGCCUUUUGGAAAAAGACUGAAGUUAGACUUACUCAUUUAUUCUUCAUAAUCUGCACCCCAAAUUCUCAGAUAAAUGAGUGGGCAGAACCUCCUUGGUUCUGAUUUUUAUUUCAACAGUUGGUUUAAGAGGUCGAGGCACUUUUAUGAACUAUUGAGAAGUUUCAGUGUACUGAGUUAAAUCAUAAAAGCUGUUUCAGGCCUUAAUUCUCCUCUGCCCCUCUUUCUUUCCUUUUCUUCCUCUUCCCCCAGUGGAUCACAUAACAUUAGGGGUCUGUGCCUGCCAUCUAGCCUGAAUUGUUGUUCUUCAUGAAAAGUGGAGGAGUAUGAUUUACUACCAUGUAAGAAUUACAGUUGACUCAUUGAACAUUAUCCCCUAAAGUGUUAGAAAGUCAUGGCCUAGAAGAUGUAUUUCAUUCUUCUGCCUACUGUUUAGUCCUAGAAUGAUUAUUAGUUUAAAAAUCUUCCAGCCGUGCUGUCAAGUUCCCUUAGAAGAUGGGAGGCUUAAUGAAACUGUAGGAAGCAUGGUUACUUUCACAUUUCUUGGCAAACUUCAUUCCUCUGAGAGGAUGCCAUGAAAGAGGGAACUAACAGGCAGUGUACAAGAUUGUAAGUGAAGGCCUUAGAGUUCAGAGGGGCUAAUUAGUACGGCCAGUGUAUAGACAGUUGAGGCCCGCCUGGCUGAAGGGGCUCCUGAGCAGCUAUCUGUACUUCAGGCUGCUAGGAAUUCUGCAUUCAUUUUGGUUCUAGGUUCUUGUGUUUCAGGAAGUAGCAGAGCUGUUGCAGUUUCGCUUCUGCCAGAUACCUGGCAAGAGUGGUGAGCCGAUUCAUCUAAGUAGGGCCUGACCUUGCCAGAGCACUUCAUCUCUCAUAACCGUGACCCCGCUCGUGGGAGUCCUUGCUGCUGGCCCUAGAUGUGACAGCCCCUUCUUGGUUUGCUUGAUGGUCUUGGAUUUAAUUUCUACAACCUCUCUGUCUCUCUCUCUGUUGUUCUACAUGUUAUCUGUUCUAUAAGGAAACACAUCUACUUUUCUUGUGUCCAUGUUUCCAGGCAAUCUGUGGUAGUGGGAAUUGCACCAAUGAGUAUUCAGCAGGCCUGGGGUCUGUUCUCAGCUGGACCUUGAAAAAGACAUUUCACCUGCCGGUCUGUAAUUUUAUUUGUCAGAUGAGAGGAGUUGAACUAAAUGAUCUCCGAAGUUUGAACCGGCCAAUAGUUCUUACUUUUUCUAAAAGUCAAACUUUAUAUAUUUUCAUUUUUCUAUUCUUUAAUAUCUAUUAACACUAAUACUGACUACUAAUAUUUAUUAUUUAUUAUGCACCAGGCAUAGUGCCUGACAGUUUACAUGUUUAUCUUCAUAGCAUCUUUAUUGUGGGUACUAUUUCAAAAAGCAGCUUUAUUGAAAUACAAUUUACAUACCAUAAAAUUACUUGUUUUAAGCGUUCAGUUGAAUAGUUUUUAGUAAAUGUACAAAGUUGUGCAACCAUUAGUGACAUGAGAAUUCUUUCCCCAAUUUAAAAAAAUGAGGUGAGAUAAACGGGACAUAAAUCACGCAGCUAGUACAUAGUAGAGGCAAGACUCCAGACUCCUAGCCACAGUGCUGUGCUACAGAUAGGCUGAUUUAUUACUGCCUUGUUUGAAGCUUUUGCACAUUUUUCAUUACUAAUUACUACAUAGAUUUGAGUCUAAUGAAUCUAAAACAUCUUUGGGAACAUAACUGGUCAUGGCCCAAAUCCAUAAAUUGGGUUUAUUUUGUAUUCCAAUAUAUGUUUUUCUCAGUUUCACGUGUUUGGCCUAAUAAAAGGGCUGUGUGAACGAACAUUUGAUUAUAUGCAGUUUCUGAAUCUUUCCAGAUACCUCUGCCUCUUCGUUGUCAGACAUUUGACAGGAGAUGCUCUUUGACUUACCUCUCUCCUUAGUAUGAUUACAAGUGAAGUCAGCUUUCUUGUUUCUUUGUUGUUGCUCAAGCUCACACUGCCUGGACCAGUGGUGGUGAACCUGUGGCAUGUGCUGCAGCAGGCUGCAUCAUUGAUGUCUCCCAUCUCUUUAACUUCUGUUUUUCUGUGUGUUCACAUAUUUUAUUUUCACAUUCAUUUUUUCCUGACAUAAAACUCAGUACCCCUUUAAGCUCUCUCCAAGGAAUGUACCUACACAUACACAUCCAUGGAUAGUAAGACCUUUAAAGUGUAUAAAAGUUGGAGAAGGGUUUAUAGUGUAUAUUUUGUUGGACAUUUUGCCCUCAGAAGCCCCUUCUAAGCAGAUUUUUUUUUUUCCUGUCUUUCUCUCUCAGGGCCACCUUAGUUCCUUUUUCCCUCUUGUCCAAUACACAAUCCAUUUACCCACAUCCUCUGUACCUAGCUCGGUUACCUUAAAUCUAUCACUGCCCAGAAAGAAAAGGCCCUUAUUUAACAGUCCCCUUAAUUAAAUGUUAGUAAGCAACUUUUGUUGUACCUGAGCAUGUUCUUAAGAAGGGCAAGGUCUCAUGUCAUUCUCAGGAGAACCUUCCAAAGUACAGUGUUUUCCUAACAGAAAUUCUGGUGAAUGAAGUUACUCCAUCUUAAGUACACUGUACACGUCCUGUAACCUCAUUCCCUCUCCUGUUCACCUGUCACUUACCUCAGGAAGAAAUGUUUUUUCUAUUUGCCAUCCUUGGCUCUUCAGCCUACGUGGAAAUUAUUAUAUUGUCAUGAUUUGGACUGGUAGUCAUAACUUUGUGCAAGUAGAGUUAUGUGAAGGAAAAGUAAUGAAUUUUCUUAAUUUUAGACCCAUUAAGGGUCUUAAUUUUAGACUUCACAAUCUCAGAGUGCUACUGAAUAUCCAGAAAUGUCCUCCAGAAUUUUUGAAGCCAUGUCCAUGUAAUUUUAUUCCUUAUUUAACUAACUUUAGGUAAAUAAAGUUUGUCUUUACAAUU